CAUAACAAACCAUUUUCCCCACUAACUCAACCCAACAACCAUUUCGAUCGGUUUCUCCCUUUUGCCUUUUUUCUCUCAUUGGCUGUAUGAUGCCGAAAUGAGAGACAGAAUGGAAAGAUUUGUUGUUCUUCCAUUCUCAGUUGGUUGUGUCUCUGCAUCUAGUGUAGAUGUGGCUGUUCAGGGGCACCACUCUAGAAGAUCAUCAAAGACUGAUGCUAGAUUUGUGGAGGAAGACCAAGAAAGCUUGUCGAGUGAAAGCAUGAAGUAUCCAUUGAAGUUCUUGGCUCAUCCAAAGGCUGACAUAUCCACUGGAUUUCAUAGGCUCUUCAAGUCUUUCAAAACUUUCUCUCAACUAUUUGCAUAUAAGGAAGAGAUGGAAGAACUUAAGGGAGAAGAAAUGGAAAUAGGGUUCCCAACGGAUGUAAAGCAUGUGACACACAUAGGAUGUGAUAGUUCUAUAUCUACCUCCACCGGCGGCUGGGAAAAUCUUCAGCUCUCACCUGAAUUCACUCUCUCCUCCCUUCCACUGGGGCAGUAUGACCUUUCCAUGGUCACACAACCUCCAAAUCUUGUCAAGGGAUCUGCUUAGAAAAGGCAUAUGUUUCUCCCUUUUUUGACCUUGUACUUGAUUAGACAAGUUCCAUGGAGGAUGUGUGAAGCUGAUGAGAAAGGAAGAAUUAAUACAUGGUAUUUGAUGGU